UAAAGUUGCUCCGUGCUUGAAUACUAGUAGUAUAGCAAUGCAAGUGAAAUUUCACAAAUUAAUUCACAAAACGUUUCUGAUAAUUCCAAAUAAAGCGUGUAUGCCCCACACACACACACAUACACACACACAACGAAUGCCGCGAUUUCUUCCUUCGUUUCAGUGUAGGUAUAGCAGCAAAUGCUUUCUCCCCUCAAGUGGUAGUAUGUAAUUUCCCGUCGUACAAAAAAGAUGGGAAGAGAGAAGUAAGGGUUGGUACAACUAACAUGAUAUGAAGCUGUUGUACUGUGGCUUUAAUGGGUUUGGACAAUGCCCAUCAAUGACAGACAGUGUUGUGUCUCAUCUCAUCGAACUACCAUUGACCAGCGUGAAGGGGGCUUUUGUGUCAUGGAGCUGCAUGGCUGUGAUGUCUGGUACCGGAGUCUAUUUGUUGGGGUUUGUUGGGGGCCGGUCUCACCAACUGAAGCAGCUUACGUUACCAGACUCACAAGACGCUCUGCAGGUGUCAUGCUCUCGGGGACACGCACUACUACUGACGCCAUGUGGUAAGUGCUGGAGGUACUGCAUGAAGACUGGAUUGUGGAGGAGAAUCGAUCGCUUUACAAUGACGGAGAGGGAACUUGAACACAAGGACACGGGGACAGACCCCAUUGUGAGGGUCUGCUGUGGAUCCACAUUUGACGUUGCAUUGUCUGAAUCAGGACAUGCAUUUGUGCUACCCUCUCCAAUAUACCACCCUGGAGUAAAAGUCACACAGGUCGCUUGUGGUAACGAACACUGCCUACUUUUGACUGAGACAGGACAGGUGUUCACUUGGGGGAGAGGUAGUCGGGGUCAGCUGGGCCACGGUGACCUAGAGAGUGAGCAGGAGACUGCUCGACAGGUGGAUUCAUUAGCUGGCCUGCGUGUGACGCAGGUGGCAGCAGGGGGCUGGCACUCAGCAGCUGUCACAGAAUGGGGUGACCUCUACACGUGGGGCUGGAACCAUUCGGGCCAGCUCGGGUUCCCCAUCGGAGAGAACACUGUCACAUGUGAACAUGAGCAAGCAACAGGCCCCAAGAAGCUGAAAACUGACGACAGCCAAAACACAGACGAGGUCACUAUUCUAAAUAUCCCACUGCCUGUUGCCUGUCCACUGGAGCAGGAAGUGAAUGUGAAAGACGUUGGAUGUGGUAGCAGACACACGAUUGUACUACUCGAUGAUGGUACGAUCUGGGGCUGUGGCUGGAAUGCUUAUGGGCAGCUUGGGAUGCCUCCAGAGCAGGUACUGAGUAGCUGGAAGUUAACGAGGCUGGAAUUGCCAGAUGGCUGUUCAGGAACAGUGACAGGCAUUGUGUGCGGGGCCUGGAGCACCGGAGUGUAUCUAAAAUAACACGGAGGCUUUUGACACUCAUUCCACUCCCGGAAAUGAAGAUGUAGCAAGUUAAAAAAAUUCUGUGUUCAUAUUUUUUUAGAUUCCCAGGAUCUAAGCAAGCUGUUUCAUCAGGACGCGGACAGUGAUGAAUGUUGUGCCGGUGAUUUCCUUUGUUAAUGCAUUCGUGAAGGAAAUGAUGAUUUGUACUUCUGUUCGCUGAUGUGUUUCUUGAUGCAAAAUGGGAAACUGGUUUCCUGGGUGCAAUAAUCUGAUGUAGGAAAUCAAAACUCUAGGUCAUAGGUAGAUGAUAUACAAUAUUUUAAAUGAUGAUGAACACAAAUGCAUUCAGAAACCAGUCAUAUUCUGUGCCUCAUACAAAAGACAUCACACAAUCAAAUGUAAUUUCAUGUCUGGGAGGCUCCCGUGGUUAGAUCUUGGCUGGGAAUCAAGCUACCUUGACAAAUUCUCUAAUUUUCUACAGGAAAAUGUUGGUAGAGUAGUUAAAAUUAUUUAAUUUCAAGUGUCUGCAAGCAGAAACUGUUGACAAAGAUUAUUAUAUAUUUGUUUAUUUAUCAUCUCAAA